AGAAGCAGGCCAUUUGAGUUUGAGCGAUGGUUUCGGCAGCAACAUGGAUCCGAUACGCAGUCGACAAACUUCAAUACUCCGCCUCUGUUGGCUGGAAGAACUACAAAGGAGGGCAAAUUACAGAUAGAGAAUUAGGUGAUACAAUAUGGAAGAAUUUCUUUCAGGGGAAGUUGACAUUCUUACAUUUUAACAAGGGAGAGGAAAUGGCACCAACACUAGGAGCUCAGGGCGGCACACUUCUUGUUCGGAAGAUACCUUGGGUUGAUCCAACGAAAAUAUUUGUUGGGGAUGUUGUGGUUCUGAAGGACCCUAUAAAGUCCGAUGAUUACCUUGUCCGUAGAUUGGCUGCCAUUGAAGGCUAUGAGAUGGUGUCCACUGAUGAAAAGGAUGAGCCUUUUGUCCUUGAAAAAGAUCAAUGUUGGGUGCUGGCUGACAAUGAAAAUGUGAAACCAAAGCAGGAAGCCAAGGAUAGCAGAACCUUUGGCCCUGUUUCCUUAACAGACAUAGUUGGCAGAGCUAUAUAUUGCCUGAGGACGGCAGUGGACCAUGGUCCUGUUAACAACAGCCACUUCAGCGUGCAGAAGGAUUCACCAGUCCUUGAAGUUGAACUGGAUGUUGAUGAGAUGGCAAGAAGUCACAAAGCAUAGGUUGUGCUUUGGAUGUGAAAGGAUUUCAUAGGAUUACUGAUUUGGUUGUACCCUCUCUUCUUGUUUUUUGUUAUUUAUCAGAGCAAAAUUUAUUGGAAAAAAUAAAAGUUGUAUUAGUUAUUUCGUACAUUUUCCUAAGUGUCUUAAGUGUCGAUCAUUCCUCUUAAGGAGGCACUGAGUGAACUGUAAACCUUUGAGGACUUCAGUUCUAUUUAGGACACACUUCAAGGCUGAAAAUGUAGUUUGCAAGUUUGGGACAACCUGUAAAGAUUUUCAAUAUGGUUCACUUUCAUCCAGGCUGUAGCCAAUUGAUAAAGAGGACUAUUUAUUGCA